AUGGUGAAGAGUUCUCUCGCUCGCCCUCUUCUUCCUCUCGCGAAUCUCCUUUCCCAGAAGGAUAUUCUCUCUGUAUCAUUGAAACCCAAGUGGAAACUUCACCAUUUGCGCCAACUCAAUGAUUAUGCUCGACAAUCCUUGGCAGAUGGUUAUUAUGACGCAUCUGGCGAGUCGUCAAAGAUCUACAAACUCCAUAAUCUGAACGGUCGAAACGUGCUCGUUGGAGUGGGUGAUUCUGGGAUCGAUUGGAAGAGCACUUAUUUCUACGACCCCGAUCAUUCAGUGAAGAGAGCCGAGAGUGGAUCUUCCGAUCAUCGAAAGAUCUCUCUGUAUGUUCCUCUCUUUGGAAAAGAUGAGACUUCGACGGAUGGCCACGGCACGCACGUGUGUGGAACGAUCGCCGGAAAGGCGUAUGACAGCAGCAACAGCUCAGAUGCUCUGUACAAUGGAAUCGCCGAGGAAGCGAAGUUGCUGUUUGUCGAUUUGGAAGAUAGCGAUGAGGAUUUGUAUCUUCCUAAGGAUCUUUACAACCGAUAUUAUAUGAAGACCCUAUAUCGAAACAAAGCGCGUAUCAACUCGAAUUCCUGGGGAUCGGAGGAAGACUAUGAAUAUGAUUCGUUCUGUUCUCAGACGGAUAAGUUCGUUUGGGAUUAUAACGACAUGCUCAUUCUAUUCGCAGCUGGCAAUGAAGGAGAGGAAGGACUCGGAUCGGUGACAUCGCCCGCCCUUUCCAAGAACGUGAUUACUGUCGGAGCGACGCAUUCCGAGCGAAAUCAUGACGGAAAGAACUACAUCACGUAUUUCUCUUCGCGCGGAAAUCCAAACAAACGCACCAUCAAGCCCGAUAUUGUGGCUCCAGGCGAUCAGUUCUCAGCCAAGUCUCUGAGCCGAUGGGAUUGCGGAUUGAACUGCGAUAACCAUGGCGGUGUGGUGAAGAUGCAGGGCACUUCGAUGGCCACACCCGCUGUGGCUGGAAUCGUGGCUUUGAUCACGCAAUAUCUGAAGGAGAAGAGUUAUCAUAAUCAAGAGCUGGACGUGCGAGCUUCGCUGAUCAAAGCGAUGGUGGUUCACAGUGGACAGCCUACGACAGGAUACUGCAAUAUUAUUAUGAGAUGUUUCCCCCACAAUAAAAACCACUUCUAUUAUGAAGGUCAUGGUCGAGUGCAGCUGGAUCGUGUGCUUCAUUAUGAUGGCGAGAGCGAUUUCGAACUGUUUUUGUAUUAUGGGCAGAUCAACGAGAAGAAGGAAUCGUUCACACUUGAAUUCACGAUUACGAACAUAUCCCUUGAAAUCCAAUAA